AUGGAGACACCAACACCACACAUCGGCUCGAGGGAUGCGAGUUUUGGCGACGCGGGAGACAAGCAGGCUCCUUACUUUGCGUCUGAGAUGGCCGCCCAAGACCAUGCGGCGCAUUGUGAUGGUGGCGGCCUGCACGACGGUCUUGACGCUGGUGUGACCGCAAACGACCGCAGAGAUAUGCAGCGGAUGGGCAAGACGCAGCAGUUUCGGGUGAGCACUGUUGCCUCUAGAUCUUGUCCAAACAUGUCAAUAGCUCCCUGGAAUCUGAUGAUUUUUUGCACAGAGAAACUUUCGAAUGGUGUCGACGAUUGGGUUUACCAUUUGUGUUACGGGCACUUGGAUCAUCUUGCUAACGUGAGCUGGGAGCUCUCUUUCGGGGGAAUCACAGCAUUGCUGACGAGACGCAGGUCAAACACGCAGGGCCUCAUAGCCGGAGGCAUGUCGGGCCUCUUUUGGUCCUUGUGUUGGUCUCACGCUGGCCAGUUCUUCAUUGUCCUUUCUCUCGCCGAACUGGCAUCCAUGGCUCCCACCGCGGGCGGCCAGUACCACUGGGUAUCGGAAUUUGCUCCUCGACAACACCAGAAGCUUCUCAGCUACUUGUCGGGAUGGCUGUCGACGGUGUCGUGGCAGAGUAUCGUCGCGUUGGAUGCCUUCCUCAUUGGCUCCAUCAUUCAAGGACUCAUCGCCCUCAAUAACGACUCUUACUCUCCCACGAGAUGGCAGGGAACAUUGCUUGUAUUUGCUUCAGUCAUUGGCGUGUCGCUCUUCAAUGUUUUUGCCGCCAAGCACUUGCCGCUGGCCGAGGGAUCCUUUGUGACGCUUUACAUCUUCUCCUUCUUUCCCGUCAUUGUGACUUUGCUCGUGCUGGCCCCCAAGCAGUCUGCCAGCGACGUUUUUACCAAGUUCACAGACAAUGGAGCAGGGUGGCCUUCCAUUUCGCUGACUGUCAUGGUGGGACAGGUGUCGUCCAUGUUUGUGGUUCUCGGAUCCGACUCGGUAGCGCACAUGGCCGAGGAAAUCAGGGACGCCAGCGUUGUUGUCCCGAGAAGCAUGGUCUGGUCAUUCAUACUGAACGUGCCCUUCACCUUUGGGCUUCUGAUCACGUACUUGUUCUGCAUAGGCGACGUCCAAGAAGCUCUGAACUCCAAGACAGGCUUCCCCUUCAUCUACGUCUUUCAAAACGCAACGGGGUCUACAGGCGCCACGACCGGUCUUACUAUUGUCGUGCUGGUGCUGCUCACCAUGAUCACCAUAAGUUCACUCGCGUCAACAUCUCGGCAGACAUUUGCUUUUGCUCGAGACAAUGGCCUUCCAUUUGCCACAUGGCUCGGCGCUGUUCAUCCGUCAUGGCAUGUUCCCGUCAACUCUGUCUUCUUCACCUGCGCCUUCUCAAUGGCAUUUGCCCUCAUCAACAUUGGAUCAACGGUCGCGUUCAAUGCCAUGCUGUCGCUGUCCACUGUCGCCCUCAUGGCCACUUAUGUCGUCUCUGUCGGCUGCGUCACCCUGAAACGAAUUCGAGGAGAGCAGCUUCCGCUCUGCCGCUGGAGCCUCGGCCGAUAUGGUCUACCCAUCAACAUCGUCGCCUUGUUGUACUCGUGCUGGUCAUUCUUCUGGAGUUUCUGGCCAAACAGCUAUGACAUCAAUGCUGAAAACUUCAACUGGGCAUGCGUCCUUUUUGUUGCCCUGAUGGGUUUGUCCUGCAUUCUCUACUAUGUCAAAGCGAGACACGUAUACGAAGGACCGGUUGUCAUGGUUGAGGGACAUAAAAAGAAUUGA